AGUUCCCCAUCUUGCGCCGCUACGCGGCGCUAUAUGAUCUUUGAUUCGGUCAACAAAAACAGCACUAUGGCAGAUUUCGAUGCGAUCGAGUACGCCGAGGAUCCCGAUUUCAACGGCGAAUACGCAGAAAGUACGGUCGUCAGUCAUGUUCCAGAUCCAGUGAUGGUCAGAGGGUCAGGCCAUGUAACAAUAUUUGGUUUGAGUAAUAAAUUCAAUGUAGAUUUUCCACAAGAACUUGCAGCAAAGGUUGCGCCAGAGGAAUUCAAAGGUACUGUGGAACGCAUCAAUGCCGUUCUCCACAAGACGAUGCCCAUGACGCUCAAGUGGUUGGUGUGUGGUUGUUUAUGUUGCUGCUGCACGUUGGGGUGCUCCCUCUGGCCUGUCGUCUGUCUGACAAAAAGGACGAGACACAUGGUGCAGAAGGCGUUGGACUGGGAGAACUGCAAGAUGUACCACAAACUGGGCCUGCACUGGUCCUUAGCCAAAGAGAAAUGUGAAUCAAGUAACAUGAUGGAAUAUGUUUUAAAGAUUGAGUUUAUACCAAAGGUUUCCAUCCUCAAGCCAGAUUGAUAUAUUUAUGAAUGAUGUCUACAUUUAUGUGAACUCACUCAUCGCUCUUCAGUCUCCGAUUUUUCUGUCCUCCACCAUUUACAUCAUUGGUAACUGUUGUUUUAUUUAAGGGUUAUUUAUUUUUCCCUUUUUCGCGGAUCAGUUUCACUCCUUUGGAGACCUGGGAUUUCAUGUAUUUAAGUAAGUGUACAUGUACGUUUGUGAUGGAAGAAAUACAACAUGGUUUAAAUUCAUGUGUACAGUUUCUUGUAAAAUACAUUUUGGUCACUCAGCCAUUCAUUAACCCUCCCCCCGAGGCCCUUUCACAAGGAACCAUCCUGAAUCCUCCAAAAUCCUCCAAUUUUGAACAUGAAAAAAUUGCAUUCAGCCCAAUCCUUCAAAAUUU